GGCCAACCAGCAUGGAGCAUUUGUACUUGAUUUUGAAUUGCAGUUGCAUCGUCUCCCCCAGGACAUUAUCCCCAGUUUGUCCGAAUCUGUGACGUGUUGCACAGCUAACUUAGGGUUAGAACCUCGAAAGGUAAAACCACGAUCAUCGGCUGAUAAAAAGUUUCAGCAGCGCUUAGUCACAGUAAACAUUGUUACGUAUGCUACAGUCAGGACUGCCUUUCUUUAAAAGAUUGCGCAACAUUCCAGUAGUAGUCGAGGAUCAGUGAGCUUUUUGAAUCAGGGUGCGCGUGUUUACCUGUUCCGCGUGAGUGACCGAGCGUUGUUAUUGGUGGAUAUUGGUCAGUAUCAACGAGAGCUUCAGAUAUGAUACAAGUAUAUUUUGGAGACAGUUCCCAGACAUAGAGAUACGGUUUCUCUUUUCCUUAAUAACUCUACAGUGAUAUUUCUCCCUUUUGUGAUGGGAGAUAUAGGGACGUUUGGUGUAGUUUUAAUUGGUCUGUGUUUUCUGGUUUCCUCUGCAGAAGGAGCCAAAAGACCACCACACAUACUCUAUAUCGUUGCGGACGACUUAGGUUGGAAUGAUGUUGGGUGGCACAAUCCGGACAUCAAGACACCAAAUCUGGACAGAAUGGCGGGGGAAGGGGUGAUUCUGAACUCCUCCUAUGUACACCCUAUUUGUACACCGUCACGGAACAGUUUUUUGACCGGUGUAUACCCUUUCCGAGUGGGCUUAUCAGGCACUGCGAUCACUCCGCACCAAGCAAGGUUUAUGUCACUCAAAACUCCAACUCUUCCAGAGAAACUGAAGAAGCUUGGUUACUCGACCCAUAUGAUCGGAAAGUGGCACCUUGGUUUUUGUAACGAGAGGUACACGCCAACACGCCGUGGCUUCGACUCCUUCCUGGGUUUCUACACGGGAACUCAAGACUACUACAAACACACCACAGCGAAAGGUUACGACUUCCGGUUUAACCAAACCGUGUUCUACCCCCCAAAGAAGCAGUACUCCACCAAAACCUAUGCCAAACGAGCAGUGGACAUCAUAACGGAACACAAAAGGAAGAAGAAUCCUCUGUUUUUAUACCUCGCCUUCCAAUCAGUGCACACGCCAUUACAGGUUCCUAAAAAGUAUGAAAAACAGUACAACAACAUUAAAAACAAAGACCGACGGGUUUAUUCUGGUAUGGUAACGGCCAUGGACGAUGCCAUUGGAGCUGUAAUGGCGGCCUUCCGGAAACACAAGUUCAUGGGAAAUCUCAUUGUGGUGUUCACUACAGAUAAUGGCGGAGCAGCUCACAUCGUUGGGAACAACUUUCCGUUGCGCGGCUCCAAGACCACUGUGUGGGAGGGGGGAACCAGGGCGGUGUCCUUUGUCUACAGCAAAAACCUACUGAAGAAGGCGGGAUAUACUCACGAGGGCUUGUUCCACGCUACCGACUGGUUUCCUACUAUUCUUGCAGUAGCUGGGGGCAAACCAAAACAGGAAAAGCAGCUGGACGGUGUUAAUCAGUGGCCGAUGAUUCGAUCUGGUAAACCGUCCAGGAGGACUGAGUUUGUGUACGAAAUAGACAAGUCCAGACCGGUGUCCGCAAUCAGAAUGGGUAAAUACAAGCUAAUUGUGGGGAACCCAGGGGAUUACAACAACUGGUACAGAAUCGCUAGGUCUAACAGCUUCUGUCCAAUCUAUGACGAAAACGAGACCGGAAGUGACGAGGAUAUAUUUAUAUACGAGUCACUGAACAACAUUGUCAGAAAUGCAAAAGGCUAUGUAAAAUGGUUAUCAUCCAAACUUCCCGGAUACAGAAUGGUGAGAAAAUGGCACAGAUAUAGACAACUGGAACGGUGUAGAAAGUUAAAGAAAAGGGAUAAGGCGAAGUGGCGCUUCCCCAGAUAUCUGCUGUACGAUUUAGAAGCUGAUCCUUCAGAAAGAAAGAACAUAGCUGGUUACAAGCCAGUGUUAGUGAGGAAAAUGAAGGCACGCUUAGAACAUUAUCAGAGGAAAACUAAAUAUGUGGCUAAACAGAGUAAAAGGAGAGUGGCAGCAGCGGAUCCAAAGCACCAUCAUGGCGUUUGGACGCCGGGGUGGUGCACAUGAGAUUUCAUGUGCACUGUUCCUGUAUUAUGUUAUACUUUUAGUCCAUAGAUAAGAUGCUUCCGGGGACUAGUAACGCUUGUGUAUACCGGUGUUUGUAGUGGCGUAGUAAGAACUAUUUUUGUAAACUAGUUAUAAUUAUAGAACUGUGAACAACAGUUAAUGUGUUACCAAAUAAACGAACUGUUUGCUUUACGAACCGAAAAGAUUGCAACGAAGGUUUACUUCACUGGCAACUGGUGUUGACUAUUUUUCUCAUAAUAAAAAAUAUUUACCCUUUACCUAACAGUAUAUUUUUUUCGGUAAAGGAUAUAUAUUUUUUCAUUAUGAGAAAAUAUAUAACGGCGUAUUGAGCCUGUGGUUUACUUCAAUUUUUUGGUAAUUAUAUAUCGUAUAUUAAUUUUAUCGAAUAUGAAGAAUAGUGUAGUUUUAUCAUCAUCACUUGCCCUAGUUUGCUUACUGUGACCAAUAAUGUUCGACAUUGACCUGCAAAAGUUUUUAUAUAAUUAUAAGGAAAGAAAGGAAGUAUUCAAUUACAAAUUGUUUGUCAACAUCAUUUGCAAUCGCUAUUCACGUUUGUUGAAGACCUGACUGUGCAAUGAAGUUUAUUUAUUUUCUGGGAAUUGUAUGACUUGGUAGGCUUUCAAAUAGGAUGUUUUUACGAAUUUUGUUUAACUAUUAAAAUUACAAGUAUAUUUUUUUCUUUUUUAAGAGUCACAAAAAUGACAAACUAGGUCAUUUUUUAUGCUUGAAUGUCAAAUGCCAGGUCAAAAGAGGUAAGAUCAGGUUACACAGAGUAUCUUGUGUUGUACCGAAAGUUAGUGCCAUGUUUAUAUUUACGAAUUAUAUGCUGUAAAGAAAUACCAAAAUGACUGUGAAAGAAAACAAAAGUUAAAUAAAAAUCCUCCUAAAUUAA